AUGAAUCAAAAAUUGAGAUAUACCAUAUACCAGCUCAAGGCGAUUCGCCAUGAGUUCAGAGUCAAUGUCGACGACCCUCCUUUUAUGGCUAAGACGGACCAGUGCCCUAGAAUAGGGCCAUUGUUGUACGGAGGGAUGUUUCCACCAGGUUCUCGUAUCAUUAAGAUCAGGCCUGGAGAGCGUCUUCCAAAAGGAGCUUUGCCUCUUCCGUUUCAAAUUGAGGAGAAGCCUUCGAAAAUGCUGUGUGCCGAGGUCAAUGGCCAAGAAAAACCUUUCGUUUACAACUUCAAGUAUGCCCCGUUGUUCGAGCCCUACAUGAGCGACAGCAGCGGCUCACCCAGGUUGAAGCCCCAACCAGAGAAAGAGUCUCUUGCAGGUUCUUGUACCGACUCUUCUACCGAGAGCAUCCAGUUUCAGUUGCCAGCGCAGGGAUGUUGA